UAUGAAAACCUCUAAAGAAGACACAGCGCGCAACUUCCUUCUUCGUGAAAUGUAAACAAAAAUGGAGUGGUGUCAAAUUUUAGAGGUUGUAAGCCAUUUUUCCUGUUUGUUUCAGUUGUAUUUACCCAUAAUGCCUUGUGCUAUAGCACAUGCGGAGUGUUCUCCGGUCUGCUUGACGUUCACAUAUGCAUUCAAACUGCACCAGAGUUCACUUCAACCAAACUGAGACCUAAGCUUUUAGGCAGACCAAAGUUAGCAUUUUUUUGGUCUGCAUCAGAGGUCGGUCACUCAUUCACACCUCCCCAAACGAACCAGACUUUCUAGGCUCACGGACUGGAGUUUGAUUAAAGCGGACUAAACGGGGCUAGUUGUUAGUGCAAACUGGUUGUGCUUAGGUAUGUUGAGGUCACUGAUUUGGAGGGAAAAAAAAUAUUUUUUGAGUUUCUGACUGGAAAAUAACCUAUUGAUUACAGAAAAGCUAAUAAAAAAAGUGCUAUAGUCACCAGCUGAUUUCUGGGUGCAUCUCUAAUUAUAACUUGAAAUAUUGCUGAUUUGGCUCACUCACCUGAUCAGAGAAACACAGUGAUAUUGUUUUUCAUACUGUGUAUCCAUUUUAUUGGUGUAAUUAGAGUGAAAGUUUGUGGUUUGUGAGUAGAAAUUAGGCUCUAUUUCCAUAUUUUCCUGUAUAUUGUUUUAAUUUGAGGUGUUUGCUUAAUAGCAGAAUCAUGGCACCCUAUAAUUAAAAUUUAAAGGAAGAAAGAGCGUGCUGCCUGGCACAGAGUUGUGACUGUUAACCAUGAGAGCGUUUGUAGAGCGUUUUAGUUUCACUUUGCUUUCCAAAGAAAGUUCAACUGCUGUUCUUUUUCUAUAUCAAUACAUGCGAUUUUACUCAGAAAUAUGUUGUUUUUUUAUGGUUAUUUAAAAAAAAUAUAUAAUGAAUGGAACAUUAGCACAAGUGGCUUCAUUGACCUAAAUGCCCUACCCACAGGUUUUUACAGAGGAGACACAGCUGGACACUGUUUUUCAGUCUGGAAAACUAAAAUGCAGCUCAGAGCUCAGCCUUCUGUUUGAUUCCAUCAUGUCAGAUGGCUUCUUUAAAAAUUAUUAUUGGACAGUGUGGAUUUCUUCCUGUAAAAAAUGUGUUGAAGUGGUAUUUCAACAAGGAAGUUGACUUUUUUUUUUCUUUCUCUGUCUCUCUGUCUCUCUCUCUCCCUUUCCACCCCCUCCUCAGUGAAGAGAAAGUGAAAAUCUUGUUCUACUAGUUUUAAAGUCUUUGCGUGUGUAGGCCUGGAAACCUGAUUCCCCUUGUAAAUAUCACUUGAGUCAUGGUGGUGUGUAAUACAAUAAAUUACAAAUGUCUUUAUUUUUCAUGUUCUGUCUUUUUACUGAUUUGACACACCAUAUUGAUCAGCAGAUAUAUCCUUUUUUUUUUGUCUUGAUCGCAGGUUGCCAUGUGAACCAGUAUCAUUUCACUGAUACUUGUAACCUGAGUGCUGUUUGUGUUUACUGACAAAGCUCUCUGUAGUCUGUGCUUAUUUUGAUGCAGCGUCCGCAUUUAGUCGGUAACCAUGCUAUUUUCGGUGGCUCAGCGGUCUGUUAAAAGUGUGGUUGUUCCGCCCAGCAGGAGUCUUGCUUCAGACUGGCCUAAAAUGGGCAGAAAUGGUGCUGAACAAAAGCUGCUUGUCGCGCAUACAAAAGUACUUGAAGCGCUGCAGCCGGGACCGAGCUGCAUUGCUAUUGCCUGUGCCUCUCAACAGGAAAGCAGAGAGACAUCAUGUUCCCGAAGGGCACCAAGCGCAAGUUCUCCGACUCUGGAGAGGAGGCGGUGUGUGGCGGCGGCGGUGGCGGUGAUCAGGGCCCCUCAGCCGCCCCGGCCCCGUCCCCGUCCCCCGCCGCGGCCCGGACACUGUCAUCGUCCUACAGCCUGCAGCGGCAGUCGCUGCUCGACAUGUCGCUGAUCAAGCUGCAGCUCUGCCACAUGCUGGUGGAGCCCAACCUGUGCCGCUCAGUGCUCAUCGCCAACACAGUGCGGCAGAUCCAGGAGGAGAUGACCCAGGACGGCACAUGGCAGAUCAUGACCCAGGCCCUGGCAGCCGCCCAGUGCCCCGCUGACCGCUUGGUGGCCACUGAGGUGCUGUGCAGACAGACUGAGGCGGCGGCGCAGGCCAGCCAGAGCCCCAAACCUUUCUCCGUGUCCGGGCUGGAGGAGGGCUACCACUCGGAGGAGGUGGUGAUGGACGGGGACGCCGAGGCGGAGGUCGCCAUGUCGUCCCUGUCGCCCGUCUCACCUCAGCUGUCCUCAGCGUCCUACCUUGCGGGGCCGUUUGGGAUGGGGCCCUGCUGGGAGGACGACGAGGAGGACGGCGACUGCGACGAGGACGAGGAGGAGGACAGCGAGGAGUGCGCGUCGGAAGGCGAGGACGCCGAGCGGCACCACCUGAGAGCGGACUCCAGGACAGGGGAGCAGGUCUUCGGGACUUUUGAGAUCAAGCACCCAGCGCCGCCGUCCGACCCGGCGCUGGAGGAGCUGUUCUCUGACGUGGACCCGUCCUACUACGACCUGGACACGGUGCUGACGGGCAUGCAGAGCACCCCCAAAAUGGGGCCUUACGACCUGCUGGAGAGCCUGUCCUCUCACGGGCCGACGGCGCUGAGCUCCAGCACCACCUGCAGGUCCGACCUCAACGAACUGGACCACAUCAUGGAGAUCAUCGUGGGGUCCUGAAAGCGAUCCCAGACUAUGCACAGAACAAUGUGCGUGUUGGUGGUGAUGUUACAGAUCCUUCCAGGUUUUGGGAACAAGGUGGGGAGCGAAGGGGAAGGGGGUAAUCAUGGAGAAGGUCUGCUUUCAGACUGCAGAGUGAAUGACUUUUGGGUUUUUACAUGACCAGGGAGCAAAGUUAGCGUCCCGCUUUGUCAAACCCUCCCGCGGUCUUAACAGACGGGGUCAUUUGGAUGCCACAUGCUUUUUUUACAUUGUGCGCGGUCACACUGACCCUGCGUGUGCUUUUGAGAGUUUUUUUUCUUUUUUCCCCUUCCCUUCCCCUCUCUCCAACCGCCAACAUCCUCUUGUGCGUCGUGCUAAGACCGUGGGAGGGUUAAGAAAUGUCCAAAACCUGCGACUGUCUGUGAGAAGGCAAAGAUAAUUACCUACACCGCGAUGCAUUCUGACUUCCUGUCGUUUCCAUCUCGUUCAAGCUCUUUCUGGUCCGACUCUUGCCUUUUUUUACGUCCAGCUCUAUUUAUUGUUACAUGGACCAAGGAACAACUCGCCACACUACAUGCACCGAAACAGAACAAAUUGUAAAUCCAAAUCUAUGAAUCAAUGCAUAUUUUCCUAGAGAUUUGAGCAGUUAUGAAUGGAUUAUAUGUAAAUGUACGUAUGUGUAUAUAGAAAUAUAUUUUUUUGCAUUAUACAGCUUGCUGGGGUGUUGGUCAGGGGGUGGGUGGGUGGGAGGGGGGAUUUUGCGAGCAUCAUUUGAUAUCCUUAUUUUCUGUCCCAAGCGGUUUUUAAAGGUUUUAAUGUAGCCGGACUGGAGACGGUGUCUUCCCGUGGACUGUCGACGCGCCGCUCUUUCAUUUCUGCUGAAGCUUCACCGCAGAGCAGGAACUCACUUCCAGCCACCGAACCAGACGUGGCUCAGGAGUUUUUUUUCUGUUUUUUUUUUUUCUUUUUUCAGUUUACAGUAUCCAAGUGACAAAUGAAGUAGUUUGGCUGCUGCGCUUUUAAUACAGACCCAAUAAUGGCAAGAAGCAGCUUUUUUUCCCUCUCUCUCUCUUUUUCCUAAAGCAUCUGGGGAAAACUGCAUCGAGAAGCCAUAUUUCUUUUUUUUUUUUUUUUUUUUCCUCGUUUGUUGCUACAAAUGAGGAAUCCUCUGUGUUAACCCAUCUAAUUUAUUGUUUAUUUAUUGUAUUUAUUUUAUCUAGGUACAGACAUGCCAUAUUGACGUAUCAAUUCAACCACCAGGCCCGGUGAAAUUGUAUUUAUCGAGAAAAAAAAAAUUCUUUUCCCGGUUUUAAAUGCAGUACCUAUUUAUUCCUCAUUUUUAUGACUAUUAGUAAAAAAACAAAAAACAAUAAUAACCGGGUUAAUAAUAAAGUUACUAUGCAGCUCUGUCAUGUUUCAUAAUGACCGUAUAACUACUCAAAUGUCCUUAAAUUCCAUUAUGCAAACAGUUAUUUCUCCAAAUCUGUAGAAAAAUAAAAACCGUUUUUUCUUUUUUUUUUUUUUUCUUCCCAAAUUGCUUCUUAUGGUGAAUAAAACAUGAACUCAGGCAAAUGAAAUGUAUUGAUUAAAAUACAGUAUUACAACACGCUGAAUACCUUACCACAACACUCCUGAAGGAUGUCACUCUAGUCUGAAUAGGAGCUAGAACUUCAAAGACGUAAUUAUCUUUGUAAAAUGUAUGCAUUUUUAUAUCAAAAAAAACAUUGUAGCAUCUUUGUACAUAUUUUUUAUAAUAAAAGGUGCAACUAUUAAAGUG